AUGAGAGAAAGAAGGAAAUCAACAGGCGGAACAGCAAUAGAAUUUGUGCUGCUCACUCCACCAGAACAAGGACCACGCAUAAAAGGUCAGCGUAUAAAACUUCAGGACAUCAUUGAUGGUGCUUAUAAUCCAUUAACUAGCAAUAAUGGAUGCUGGAUAAAUCCUGAAGAGUUUCUAUAUCAGAAUCAAUGGGGCGAAGUAGCUUUAUUGAGUGUUGGAAAUUUAUCUGAGCGGAUAUUAAUGUCGAAUACAACUUAUAAAAAUUUAGCGCCAGCAAAGUUCUCAUUAUCAGCCGACAAGAAAUACUUGCUGCUGGCACAAAAUGUACAAAAAAUUUUCCGUCAUUCAUAUUUAGCACAAUAUACAGUUUAUGAUAUACAGGCAAGCGAAUCGAUAAGCUUAACGCCAAAGAGUGAGGAUGAAUGGCCAUUUCUAUUGCAUGCACAAUUCACACCGCGUGGACAUUCGCUGGUUAUGGUGUAUAAUUAUGACAUAUACUAUAAAACAGGACCAAAGUCAGCACAAUCAUAUAGAAUAACGAAAACAGGUGUGCCUGGCACCAUUUAUAAUGGAGUACCUGAUUGGUUAUACGAAGAGGAACUCCUCAACAGCAACACAGCGAUCUGGAUGUCAAAUGAUGGUCAUCUAAUGCUUUACGGUGUGUUUAAUGAUACAAAUGUUAUGGAACAAAAAUUCCCUUGGUAUGGAUCAACAAAUGAUAACGGAAAUAUUAAUCUGUAUCCGGAAAUUAGAUCGUUGAGAUAUCCAAAGCCAGGAACAAUUUACAAUCCAACGAUAUUGUUGAAAGUUGCAGACUUAGCUGAUCCUAAGAGCAUACGUGUACGAGAUUUAACACCGCCACCAAUAUUGCAUCACAGAGAGCAUUACUUUGCAAGCGCAGCAUGGGUAAGCCAAACAGAAGUCAGUGUUGUAUGGAUGAAUCGAGCACAAAAUUUGUCAGUUGUCACACUGUGCAAGUCACCUAUGUGGUAUUGUCAAGAGACACAUAAAACAAGUGGUGAUGGAAGAGGAUGGGUGGAUGAAUUAUCAAUUCCAUUUUUCUCGACAAAUGUCAGCACAUAUAUUGCAAUAUCACCAGUUCGUGAAGGUUCGUCAGGACAUUAUCGUCAUUUAAUACACGUUCAAAUCUCAAAAAAGAGAAUCGUACCUUUAACACAUGGACGUUAUGAUGUCAAUAGAAUUAUACAUUGGGAUCAAAUGAAUAACUACGUAUACUUUUUGGCAACACCUGAGCACUUCCCAGGACAUCGUCAUCUUUAUCGUGUCAGUUCCAUUCCACCAGCUGUCGGCAUUCCAUUAAAAACACCAUUAUGUCUCACAUGUUCCGAAUUGGAAGUUGACUUUACGAGAAUGACAGAUGCAGCAGCAAAGUCACGCGUAUCGUGGGAAAGUGAGGAGGAGAAUGGCGAUCAAAUAUCAUUGGCAACUAUAAGUGGUCAAUAUGGUGGAACAACGAGUGAUGACAUCGCAUGUCAAUAUUUCAAUGCAAUUUUUGCACCCAAUAACAAUGAAUAUGCCUUAAUUGAAUGUUUAGGACCGGAUAUACCAACAAGUUGGAUAUACAAAUUUGAUGUUAAAAGUGAUACGGAACCGAUUAGUCCAAUUUAUCUGCUGCAAAACAAUACAGAUUUGAAACAGCGCAUAUCCAAAAUUGCAAUGCCGCAAAUAAGAACGUUUCCUGUCAUGAUCUCAGGUGGUUUUCAUGCACAAGCUCGAAUGUUUUUACCGCCAGGUCUACGAGAGGAUGAAAUAACAAAAUAUCCAAUGGUCGUUCAUGUCUAUUCUGGCCCCGGAACACAACUUGUAACCGAAAAAUGGAGUGUGGAUUGGAAUACAUAUUUAGCUGGUACGAAAGACUACAUUGUAACCGAAAUUGAUGGACGUGGCUCAUCUGGUCAAGGAUAUCAAUUAUUACAUGAAGUCUAUCGUCGCCUCGGGACAGUCGAAGUUUCAGAUCAGUUGGAAGUAUCGGAAUAUUUGCGCGAUACAUUACAUUUUGUCGAUAAAAAACGAAUGGGAAUUUGGGGAUGGAGCUUUGGAGGAUAUGUUUCGGCAUUAUCAUUGUCAACAUCGUCACUCUUUCAAUGUGGCAUUUCUGUUGCUCCGGUAACAAAUUGGAAGCUUUAUGUUUCAACAUAUGCUGAGCGUUUUAUGGGAAUGCCAAACCUAACUGAUAACUAUCAAGGAUAUGUUGAAGGAGACUUAUCAAAACAUGUAGAUCAAUUGAAAGACAAACAAUUCUUAUUGAUACAUGGAACAGCUGACGAUAAUGUUCAUUUUAUGCAAAGUAUGGUUCUAUCAAAAGCUCUUACACAUCGUGGUGCUCUUUUCAAGCAACAAAUUUAUCCUGACGAAGGACAUAAUCUAUCGGGUGUAAAGACUCAUCUUUAUCGUUCAAUGACAUUAUUUUUUGAGGAUUGCUUCAAGAAACAGGUGCCAUUAGAGGUAAAAGCCGGUUUACAAAACGGAGGAACAGUUGAGCCAUCAAAUUAAAUAUAAUGAAUGAGAAUGUGAUUCCAUUGUAAUGUUGGUCUCGUGAUAAUGGAAUAUUCAAUGAUCGAGUGCAGAAUAGAAACACGAAUUAUUUAUGGUUAUUUUUGGUUGUGAGGAACUAAGCAAGAUUGUAAGAGAUGUAUCGAAGAUUCUUGUAAGUAGUCGUUCUCAUAUGACGUCAAUCGAGGAUAAAUCUAUUGAAAAAUUGUAAAAAUAUAUUCAAGGGGUGUCAUGAAUGGACGUCAUUUGAGGAUGGCUCUAAAGGGGGUAGCAACUAUUUAGUCAUGUUUUGAUCUGUGAUAGUAAAAAUUUCUCCAUCAGCCUAGCUGAACAAGCUUCAAGUCAGCAUAGCUGUCAGUAGAUGACUCAAUUUAGUUAAAACUCUCAGCUUGACUUCCUUAAUUUUGACUUGAAUAGUUUAAAAUGACCUGAAAUUGAUCAAAAAAAAGUUAAAGAGUUACCACCCCUUGAAUAUAAAUAUGUUAUAUAAUCGGCUCUAUAAGUAAUAAGAAAGUAUAUUUACAUAUAGGACAUAAGUAGACGACAAAAAAAGGUUAAAGAUGACAAAAAGCUAAUAAAUCACCAAAAGACUCUCCAUUUUUCUCUAUCUCGAAAUUUCUAUGAUAUAGAAUACUAAUAGAUUAAUUGAACGUGGAUGAAAAAAGACAAAAGUCUCUUGACAGUUGUAAAAGAUGAAGCUAGAAAAAUUCCAUGAAUUUUUUUCCGAGAUUGCGACAUAAAAUUUUCAUCUUUUCUUGAUAAUCAAUAAA